AUGUCGACUAAAGAAGGAUUGAAAAUUUUUUACAAUAACCGAAUUGUGGAGCAACCAGAAAAAAAUGACAGUUCAUCAAAUAAUAAUAAUAAGUCACAGGAUUUUCUUGGUGAAAUUGUUAAGGAAUUGUGUAAUCUGUAUAAUGAAGAAAGAUCCAAAGGCAAAAUUUCUAAAUCAAUUCUUGACUUAUUGGAGAAAUUUAUAGAAAAAAAGAAUCAAAAUCCAGAUAAUAUUAUCAAUUGGUGCUUGAAUGAUAAAAUAAAUCCUACGGUUCAAAUCAUUCUUGGACAUUUCGGAUUUUGGUAUGAAGAAAUAUUAAGUUCAGAUGAUGAAAAUGAAAUCAAAAAGCAAUUUUUGGAAGCAGAUAAAAUAUUUAAAUCUUUACAAAUAUUAAACGUUAAAAUUCCUGACGAGAUUGAUAGUGGCUUACAUAUCAGUGAUAAUGAAAUUCUGAAUUCAAAUACUUAUAGAUAUAUAAAUCUUAUAUAUCCAGUUCCAGAUUUUAAUUGA